AUGGACCUCACCUCCCUCAAUGGGCACAUUGUCCCCUACGACCCCGCGCAGUACCUCUACACCACCAACAGCCACAACAAGGUCUCUCGUCAGGCCAAGAUCGUCGGCUCAGCCAACAUCAUGCUUGGCGGCAAGGUCAUCAUCCACCCUCGAGCUGUUAUUCGUGGAGAUCUCGCAAGAGCCGUCAGAGUCGCUAGCUCUACCACUGCGGCGACUGCAAGCGUUUCAGGAGGGACAGGAGAGGGAAGUGGUCAGCCUGAGUCAAAGGGAGUGGAGAGAAUCGUGAUCAGUACGGGAAGAUAUUGCGUCAUUGGCGAGGGAGUGGUGCUUCGCCCUCCCUGGAGGGUCUACAAGGGCGUCUUCUCCUAUUAUCCAUCCAAGACGGGAGACUUUGUCCACAUCGGAGCCAACAGCGUCGUAGAGUCCCAGCAGCUCGGCAGCCACAUCGACAUCGGCAAGGACUGCAUAAUCGGUCGCUACGUGGUGAUAAAGGACAGUGUCCGCCUCCUAGACGGGUCCGUCGUCCCGUCCAAUGCGACGAUCCCCUCUGGCCAGAUCUGGGGUGGUAAUCCAGCCAGACCACUUGCCCAAUUACCCGAGGAUUGGGCGGAAAUGCAUCAGGAAAGGUGUAGAGAUUACUACUCUCGUUUUAGACCUAGAGCGGGGCCAACGGGGGGAGCGACAGCGGCCGCUUCGAGUGGGGCGGCGGGUUCGACGGCUAGGAGGGAGUGA